AUUACACAAUAAUAAGUUAACAUAAAUAUGAUCAUGUGUGCAUUCGUGCUUCGGAUUCUACUUUUACAGCAUUUGUGCAUGUGUUAGUGAAAGCAGAAACACUGUCACAUACAAUAUGUUGAGAGUAUAUAUAUAGGAUUAAUCAAUUUUGUUUUGUAUACUGGAAACUCUUUAAAGAUUCUUUACGUAAACAAUUAAAGUCUCUUGGCAAUAAAUAUUGACUAAUUCUCUUUAUUUUUUUAAAAUAAUAAAUCAAUCCAAAUAAACAGUUGAACCUACUAUGCCAAGAGCAAUUAAAAGACCCCCGGAAGUUGAGGAUUUUGAAAAAUGCCAUCAUAGGCAAGUGCUGGUUAACACGUUUCUGGAAAAAUCUAUGCAUUUAUUAAAUCCAAACUUAAACAUGCCAAAUGGAUAUGCUACAAGAAUUCAUGAUAAACCAUCAACAAAUUUAAAUAGUCAGACAAUUGCACAAAAAGAAAUUGAUUGCAUAAAACAAUUCGAAAGACAACUUCCACCGGAAUAUCCAUGCAUUACAAUAUAUUUUUCUGAUAUGGAAUGUGAUCUAGAAAGGAAAUGUAUACUGUAUGUUGUAAGAAGAUGGGAUCGAGACGAUCCAUUUGUUAGUAUGUCACCAUUUUUGAAUGAAUUAGAAAGAGACUACGGUAGAGGAUGGAAAUUUGAACGAGUUACUAAUCCAAUUAAAGUUGGCCGUAUAAGUACCUUAACGAAACCGAAAUCAACCUUUUGUUUUCGCUAUGAACCAGAUUGUUAUAUAUAUAAGUUUUAUAGCGAUUAAGAAAUUGAACGACAAUGGUUAAUUUGAAAUAAUACAAAUUGAUAUCAAAUUUCAAUACUUUUUGUUUUCCUUUAUGUAACGUAUAAAGUCUUAUAACAAUGUAUUCUUUGUUUUGGAGUUAUUGUAGAAACGAUGUAGUGUGAAUUAAUAAAUAAAGAAUUCAUUAGAUUCAUUUUAUC